UGUGGAGGCGCCUAGAGCCGCAGGGGCCAGAGAAGUGGGUGCAGAUCAAUGGAAUGCACCAUGCCACUGCAGGACGAAGCCCUCCGAGAGGUGUGGGCCUCGGACAGCGGGCAUGAGGAAGAGGGCCGGAGCCCGGAAUCCCAGCAGCGCCCCAAACAGCGACCCGCCCCAGGACAGAAGCUGAGGAAGAAAAAGACAGAGGCCCCCGAGUCCUCCUGCCCAACGGGAUCCAAGCCUCGGAGACCUGGAGGCGGGCGGGGGGCCGAGCCCGGGGGCGGCCCUCAGGCCGGGAGGAGCGGGAAGCCGCGGGAGGAGCCUGUCCCGGAUCCCGCCGAGGCCCGGCCGCCGCAGACCUACACCAAGUUCCUCAGGGACCCCGAGGCCAAGAAACGCGACCCCCGGGACACCUUCCUGGUAGCCCGUGCCCCUGAGGCAGAGGAAGGGGAUGAUGAUGAGGAAGAGGACGAGGACGAUGAAGAGCAGGAGGAGGAAGACAAAGAGAAAAUACCUCUGCCUCCCAAGAAGCCCCCUAAAGAGAAGGUUUCUGCAAAUGUCAAAGAGAGGAGGGCCAAGGCCCAGGGUCCAAAGGGGGACCCAGAGAGCCCUGUCUUUCCACCUAAACCUCUUCGCACUAAGAAGGAGCUCCCAGCAGGGGAAGGGACCAAGAUGAGAAAGACAAGGAAGAAAGGGUCUGAGGAAGUAGACAAGGACCCCUCACUGAGCCCGGCCAGGGGGAGGAAGAAGAUCCCAGCAGCCAUGUUUCUGGUUGGGGGAGGUGGCCUAGCAGAGAAGGCUUUGAAGAAGGAAGGCAAUCCCAAAGGCCUCGAAAAGGAGAGGAAGGAGGAAGAGGAGGAAGAGGAGGCGGAGACUGUGGUGACCAAGAACAGCAACCAGAAGGGCAAAGCGAAAGGAAAAGGCAAAAAGAAAGCGAAGGAGGAGAGGGCCCCAUCCCCACCCGUGGAAGUGGAUGAACCCCAGGAGUUCGUGCUGCAGCCUGCACCCCUGGGCCGGACAGUGCGCUGCCGGCUGACCCGGGACAAGAAGGGCAUGGAUCGAGGCCUGUAUCCUUCCUACUUCCUGCACCUGGACACAGAAAAGAAGGUCUUCCUCUUGGCUGGCAGGAAACGGAAACGCAGCAAGACGGCCAAUUACCUCAUCUCCAGUGACCCCACCAACCUGUCCCGGGGUGGGGAGAAUUUCAUUGGGAAGCUGAGGUCCAACCUCUUGGGGAACCGCUUUACAGUCUUUGACAACGGGCAGAACCCGCACCGCAGAGGAGGGAGCGCUGAUGUGGGGAGCCUGCGGCAGGAGCUGGCUGCUGUAAUCUAUGAAACCAAUGUCUUGGGCUUCCGUGGUCCCCGGCGCAUGACUGUCAUCAUCCCAGGCAUGAGUGCGGACAGUGAGAGGGUUCCCAUCCGGCCCCGCAAUGCCAGUGAUGGGCUGCUGGUGCGCUGGCAGAACAAGACACUGGAGAGCCUCAUUGAGCUUCACAACAAGCCACCUGUCUGGAACGAGGACAGUGGCUCCUAUACCCUCAACUUCCAAGGCCGGGUCACCCAGGCCUCGGUCAAGAACUUCCAGAUUGUCCAUGCUGAUGACCCUGACUACAUAGUGCUGCAAUUUGGCCGCGUGGCCGAGGACGCCUUCACCCUAGACUACAGGUACCCGCUGUGCGCCUUGCAGGCCUUCGCCAUCGCCCUUUCCAGCUUCGAUGGGAAGCUGGCCUGCGAGUGACCCCAGCCCCCCAGAGCCCGCCAGCGUGUGGGAAAGGAUUCUGAGGUCUUGCCGGGUAACCUUCUCCAAAGCCCCCACUGAAGACUCCUCCCUUGUGAGGGCUGACUUCUCACUGCCUUCCGGUGACCUCCGUCCAGUCUCCAGCCUGGCACAGGCCGAGGCAGGGAAAGAGCUCAAACGGCGGGUCGGACGGAGAUGAAGAACAUCUGGAGUUGGAACCGCACAUCUGGUCGCAGAGCUCGCCCGCGCCCCCCCCCCACCCCGGCCCGCCCCGGCGCGCCCCAGUCACUUCCUGUCCGGGAGCAGUAGUCGGUGUUGUUUUAACUCCCGGUCCGCGCUAGUUAUCCGAGGAGCUAGGGCGGGCUCGGAAGAGGGGGUAGGUGAUGGGGGACAAGGGCAGGGUACCCACGCCCCCAAUAAAGCCGCGUUCUAGGCCCA